GACACUGAAGCCGCAUCGGUUGCUACCGCUGUUCCGUUGACCCUCUCCCUCUAGCGGCAAUAUGCACACCGCAGCAGCAUCGAUUGUUUCAAUCGCCAGUCAGCAUGACGUCGCCCACUCGAAACACAUAAAUAGAUUGGGGCAAUUUGGGGGCUCACUCGCUGCGGAUCUGCUUCCAAAUAGCCGUCGUCGCUUGCGAAGUUGAGAAUCGACACGGGCCACCGGAAUUACCUGCAGGAACGAUGAUGCAGCACUUGCCGACACCGGAUACAGAAGGGACUAAACCAUCACCAUGUUGCGCACUCUACACCCAUGCGUCUUGCAGUCAUACAAUACUGUCAACAAUAUAGCUUGCAGAUCGAUAUCCUCCACAAUGGUACAGCAACGCAUCGCAAACCCCGCCCUCUUUGUCUGCGACCUGCAGGAAAAGUUCCGGCCCGCCAUUCAUGAGUUCCCAAAAGUUGUAGCAACCACACAGAAGCUUUUGAAAGCCACCAAGAUCCUCAACAUACCAGUGUUUGCAACGACACAGAACAAAGCCAGACUAGGAGAGACAUGUCCCGAGCUCCAGCUCGACGUGCCUGAGGGCGUCCAGACCCUUGUCCACGCCGACAAGACCCUCUUCUCCAUGAUCACUCCAGACGUCCAGAAAGCCCUCGAUCCACUCCGCGCAAAUGGACCAAUCUCCGCUAUAAUCGUUGGCAUCGAAAGCCACAUCUGCGUCACACAAACUACAAUCGAUCUUCUCCGAGCGGGCCACAAGGUCUAUGUCAUUGCUGAUGGCGUGAGCAGCUGUAACAAGGAAGAGGUGCCGAUUGCGCUAGCCAGGCUGAGGCACGAAGGUGCCGUGGUCACAACAAGCGAGAGCUUCAUUUAUGAAGCUGUGGGAGAUGCAGGGACAGCAGAGUUCAAGCAGAUCAUCAAAGUUGUCAAAGAUUCGUCCGCAAGCACCAGGGAAUCACUUCAGACGCUGUGCAAGAUGUAGCAACUCAUUGUUCUCAAGUACACCAUGUGAGAUGAGCUUUGUUCAUGUAAUAG